AUGCCCCGAAGGAUUACCAACCCCUUUUCCUCCUCCUCCUCAUCCUCCACUAUGCCGAACCCUGACAGGGCCGCUGAGCGAAGGCCGUCUCUGUCCAAAGCCACCCGCAUCGCCCAGUUCUUCUCUUCGCCCAAGAACAAGGAUCAGCUCUCGGAAAAGCAGGCCCUCCAGGCCAUGCAACAGAACCAGGGCACCGGUACGGCCACGAGCCUCUUGUCUCUGCCCUCCAUUUCGCUUUCCGAGGACCUCAACAGCCAUGAGUCUACCACUCUCUUCCAGCCUCCCUCCCCCGAGGAGACCCUCAAGCGCCAACACGCCGAGGCGCAGUUUGGUCCCUUGAACAGCCCGGCCCACCGCUACAUCAGCACCCACGAUGGCAGCACUCUCGAGCCUCCCGUCGAAGACGAACCACCAUAUUACUACGUCCUCACCACAUAUCUGAGCUACCUUAUCCUAAUCUUCUUCGGCCACGCCCGCGACUUUUUCGGCAAGAGAUUCGGAGACCAGACCCACUACAAGGCACUCCGGGUACAGAAUGGCUACGCACCCCUGAACGACGAUUUCGACAACUUCUACGUUCGUAGACUCAAGAUGCGCAUCGACGAUUGCUUCGCCAGACCCACCACUGGCGUUCCUGGCCGUUACAUCACUCUCCUCGACCGCAAGUCUGAUGAUUUCAACCGCACUUACCAGUACACCGGUACCUGCACCCAGACCUUGAACAUGAGCUCGUACAACUACCUUGGCUUUGCCCAGUCCGUUGGCCCUUGCGCUGAUGCCGUCGAGGAGUGCGUUCGCAAGUAUGGCCUCAGCAGCUGCAGCCCUCGCGCCGAUGUCGGUACUUCUGAUCUCGCUGUCGAGGUUGAACGUGAAAUCGCAAAGUUCGUUGGCAAGCCCGCUGCUAUGGUUUUCUCGAUGGGCUUCGUCACCAAUGCCGGUUCCUUCCCUGCGCUCGUCUCCAAGGGUGAUCUCAUUAUUUCCGAUGAGCUCAACCACGCCUCUAUUCGUAUCGGUGCCCGUCUUUCUGGAGCUGUCAUCAGGUCGUUCAAGCACAACAACAUGGAGGAACUCGAGAAGCUCCUUCGUGAGGCUAUUGCUCAGGGUCAGCCCCGCACUCACCGCCCUUGGAAGAAGAUCCUUGUCGCUAUCGAGGGUCUCUACUCGAUGGAGGGAACCAUGUGCGAUCUGCCCGGUGUCUUGGCUCUCAAGAAGAAGUACAAGUUCUUCCUCUAUAUCGAUGAGGCUCACAGUAUCGGUGCCGUUGGUGCCAAGGGCCGUGGCGUCUGCGAUUACUUCAAGGUUGAUCCUGCUGAAGUCGACAUUCUCAUGGGAACUCUGACCAAGUCUUUCGGUGCUAAUGGCGGUUACAUUGCGGCUGAGAAGCACAUCAUCGAUAAGCUCAAGGCUACCAACGCUGCUACCCUCCUCGGUGAAUCGCCUGCUCCUGCUGUCCUGAUGCAGAUUCUCGCUUCCCUCAGGAUCAUUGAGGGUGAGCUUGCUCCCGGUCAAGGCGAGGAACGUCUUCAGCGCAUUGCCUUCAACUCUCGUUAUCUCCGUCUCGGACUUAAGCGUCUUGGCUUCAUUGUUUAUGGCCAUGAUGACUCCCCUAUCAUUCCCGUCUUGCUUUACAACCCCGGCAAGAUUUCUGCUUUCAGUCACGAAAUGCUCAAGCGCAAGAUCUCGGUCGUCGUCGUUGGAUAUCCCGCUACGCCUCUCAUUAGCUCCCGCGCUCGCUUUUGCGUAUCGGCUGCACACAACAAGGAGGAUCUGGAUCGCCUCCUAGCUGCCUGCGACGAAGUGGGUGAUAUCCUCCAGGCCAAGUUCUCUACCGGUGUCGCUGGAGGUCUGGAGCCUUUGCCUGCUGGUGUUACCCCCGAGAUGGAGAAGGAGUACAUCAAGGCUCAGGGCCAGGCUCUCAUCAAGCCACCUAGGUGGAAGCUGGAGGACGUCAUUGCACGUGGCGCCGAGGACGCUAAGCGGCCAUUGCGGUAA